AUGGUACUGGGUUCUGUUGAUGCUGUGGUACUGGGUUCUUUUGAUGUUGUGGUACUGGGUUCUGUUGAUGCUGUGGUACUGGGUUCUGUUAAUGCUAUGGUACUGGGUUCUGUUGAUGCUGUGGUACUGGGUUCUUUUGAUGUUGUGGUACUGGGUUCUGUUGAUACUGUGGUACUGGGUUCUGUUAAUGCUGUGGUACUGGGUUUUGUUGAUGCUGUGGUACUGGGUUUUGUUGAUGCUGUGGUACUGGGUUCUGUUGAUGCUGUGGUACUGGAAUGUGACAGUGAACAUGUUGAUCAGAAAAGACAUCAGAACAGCGGAUUUACCCGAAACUCACGACACCGAAGUAUCCGACACAGACAAAAUCCUCAUCUUAACCAUCGGCACCAGUCACCUGCACAUCACCCCGGUCAUCAUGACCGAACUGACAGAACACCUAAACUCCCAAAAACUAGUGGAAAGGAUCGUCAGACACAACACAGGAGGUCAGACCAAAAACAUCUCUCCGCAUUCCACCAAAUAGAAUCAUCUGCGACCCUUCAGUUGGCAAAAGAAAAAAAUUCUCCUCACCACAAAUCAAAAUUAUCGUCGCAUCCAAAGACCCCCAGUCGAACAUCAAAACAAAACCAUGGGACCGAUUAUCAGCACAAUAGCAAGAGUCCAAGAACAGACGAAAAUAAAAUGCAACGUCACCCUCCUUUCAGGUACAGUCGGCGUCGUGAAUAUAGGCGUCGCUAUGGAUACGGACAAAGGGCACCUGCUUCUGUCUCCAGAUUGGAACAAAGAAUGCGGCCCAAACUUAGCGUGGCUAUACAUAACCUGAAACACACCAUGUCCAAUAUGCUUGAAAUUAUGCAGAAGAAAGUAGAAAAGGUCGGCGAACGUUUCGCAAAUAUCAACACCGAUGCACGACAUGACAUCACGGAGGUGAAAACACAGUUGAAAGUCAUCCAUGAUGAAAAUAAUCGCGCUUACGACGCACUACUUGAUGUCACGCAGCUCGUGCGUUUUGUGCACCUGAGGGCGUACGAGAGACGAGUAGCACCAGUAUCAAUGAGCUUACUACCAGAUAUGCAAUUCAAAGACUUCAGCUAUGAAGUAGUUCUCGCGGACCAAAGGCAGAACCGUGCAAGGACCAUGCAUAUGGUCCUAGAAAGAAUAAAAAGUCGGUGUAUGGAGCAGGAACAGAAAUACAGCUCAAUAGUCCAAAGAUAUAAUAGCAGAGAUGCAAGGGCGCUCUUUGUGGAUAUUGCUCGUUUUAGACGUAAAAUAGAAACCAGAUUAUACGGACAAAUCCGGGGUGAUGUCCGACAACGCAUACACACGUACCAGCGGUACCUGAACACUGUAACGGACCAAUAUAUGGACGCACGAAACUUCUCAUUUACCGCGAAUAAGGAAAUCAGAGCUGUCCAACGAGAUGUACAGAGAAACAUUGCAUUACGAAAUGCCUAUUUGGAGAGACGUCUACCUCAUACCGAAAUCGUUUACCAAACAACAGCGCCAAUUACCAAUAUGGAUGAUAUAGACCAAGUGGCAUUGAAAAGCUAUCAAAAAGCCAGACAAUUAGGACGUACUGUCGAGUCCAUGGCAAGGACCAUCAUUCCAAUAUUGCAGAAAGCAAAGAGAUUUAUAGAGGAACGAAAGGAAACUGGAAGUAAUGUGCGUUUGCAGUUGUUUGCAAUUGUUGGCAGACUGGCCGGUACUAUCGUGAAUCUCGACAAGACAAUGGACCAGUUACGUGUCUUACUGGCAGACGAGACUAUACUCCGCGAGCGAUGUGAAGACUUAGUCACUGGAUCUGGUGGAGGCGAUGAUGAUGAUAUGGUCAUCGAUUGUGAGCAAUAUAUCACCAUAUUAGGAAGUGGUGAGGAUGAUUUAAUAACCGCGCGUGUUACAACUCCAAGACCGAGCCCUUCUUCCACAUUGGUACCUCAUUACAAAUCUACAACUCCGCGACCAUCAACAAAAGUGCAUUCAACACCAAAACCUAAAACUACGACACUACGUCCUACAACUCCGCGCCCAUCAACAACGAAAUCUUCAACACCAAAAGCUAAAACAACCACACUACUUCCGACAACUCCGAGUCCAACCACAACAGUGACGCCAACACCAAAACCUAAAACAACCACAUCACGUCCUACAACUCCGCGCCCAUCAACAACGAAAUCUUCAACACCCAAACCCAAAACAACCACGCCACGUCCUACAACUCCAAGUCUAACUACAACAGUGAAGUCAACACCAAAACCUAAAACAACAACACCACUUCCGACAACUCCGAGUCCAACCACAACAUUGACGUCAACACCAAAACCUAAACCAACCACACCACUUCCAACAACUCCGAGUCCAACCACAACAGUUACCUCAACUCCGCAACCAAGAACAACGCGUCAUUUAAAAACAUCCACAACAACCACAUCAACCACUACCACCACAACACCAGUUCCAUCGACAACUACCACCACAACACCAGUUCCAUCGACAACUACCACCACAACACCAGUUCCAUCGACAACUACUACCACAACACCAGUUCCAUCGACCACUACCACCACAACACCAGUUCCAUCGACCACUACCACCACAACACCAGUUCCAUCGACAACUACCACCACAACACCAGUUCCAUCGACCACUACCACCACAACACCAGUUCCAUCGACAACUACCCUAUCAAAAAAACCUCGAUAUCCCGUAUCACUGUCAACAACAACAAAAACAGUUACUGUAUCGUCUGACGAUGAAGAUAUCAUCUUCAGUGGAGAUGAAAUGUUUUAUCCAACUACAGAUAAAUUGUCAACAACCGUACUUCAAAGCAAAAGUCCUGUUACUACCAGUUCUCCUCACACAACCACCACUACAAGCAUCCCAACAACUCUUGAGAGUAAACCCACAACGGCUGCCCCAACUACAACUACGGAAGCAGUCACUACGACAGAGAUAGGCGCAACCAUUGAAAUUGGCAGUGGAAAGGAGGAAUCCGACUUCACAAUCGAGGAAAGUAAAGAGAACGAGGAUUCGGAUGGUGGAUGGGGCGGCUGGCUUUGGGGAGGUGAUGACCCUAAUGUCGGAGCUUACGAGAAUUCAUUUAGAAACAAAUUGCAGAAGAGAGCAGAGGAGGAACGAGAGAAAUCUGACGAUCUGAUAGCAAGGUCUAUUCCAAUCAACCGCAGACAUGAUUUGAUCCUGGAGAGAUGGGGCACUGUGAAAGAAAACGUAGCCAUCAUGAGAGAUUUUGUAAACAAUGUCACCGAAGUGGAAGCCAUUUGGAUGGACGCCGAGCCCAACAUUGAAUCUACACAUGACAAGAUAGUCAAAUUAAACGCAAAGAUUAAUCAGCAUGAUAUAAGUAUCCGGAACAGGAUCGAAAAGGCAAAGAAAAUAGCAAUAUCACAAGUGAAGAAGGCAGAAUCUAGUCUAAAUGGCCAGGAAACGUCACCAUCACGUCGACACGUGGAAAUGAUGACGGAUCUACUUGUUAAAGCUGACACUGUCCGAUCAAAUAUGCAACAGAUCAAGGAAAUCACUGGCCGUCCAGAUGUUCAGCCUUGUUUGACCGUACAGAGGGAGGCCACCAACCUUCGUAACAACAUAACAGAACUCAGGAAAAAGAUAGACAGAGCUCGAGCUAUCUUCUCAGCGCUUCCCGUAUCCAUAGCAAUGGUGGAAGGGAGAGAAUAUAAUGCCGACGUGCCAUCAACAAGUGAAAUUGUGUCACCCAUGACGUCACUCGAGGUGUGCAUUAAGCCUGAAAGGUCGGGGAUGACGGUAGCAAGUUUCCAUGGUAAUGGAACAGUUGCCUAUGAUAUAGAACUUGUGGAAAACAUUCCAACUGUGUCUAUCACGGGUGCUGAUGGGGAACUUUACGGUACUCUACAAUCAUCCGUCAUCAUUGAGAUGUCGCAGUGGUACAAUUUACAUGUCACUAGAUCUGGCCACACUGUAGCGAUGCGAACCACGCGACUGGUCAAUGAUACCGAACCUAUCCUGGAGACAGCUGCUUUCCCCAAUAUGCAAGUGUUGCAAAGAGCUCCGACAUCGAUCCAACUUGGAAGUUCCAAUCCUCCCGGUCUGGGGAAUACUGAUACGUUAGGCUGUAUAGGACGUGUGAUAAUCAACGGGCAAGCUGUGGGAUUGGCACAUGCUGGAUCUAUAGAACAACCUGCGAAGACUUGUACCUCCGGAUGUGCGUCAUCUACUGCACCGUCAAUGGUAUUUGAUGGAGAUGGAUAUGUAAUGUUUCCUAUAUCUGUGUUACGCCCCAAUUCCCGAGUGGACAGCCUGUAUCUGAAAUUUUCAACAAGACAGCGGGAAGGCAUUCUUCUCUUGCUUAAUGACAAAGUGGAACAGCAUUUGCAGAUGUUACUUUCGGUGUCUGAAGGUUUCAUACAUAUGGAAGCAAGGACAAAGAGGGGAACGACUGUUCUUAGAAGCAACGAAAACAUAUACGCCGAUGGAUUAUUUCACAUCGUAGAGGUAAAUGUACAGACUGAGAUAGAAGCGACAUUGGAUGGCGUGCCAGGAACAUUUUCCCAGGAAACCUCAACACAAGAAAUCCCGACGAGGAUAGAUGAAGGAAUUUACGUCGGUGGAUUAGGGUCGAAGAGUCACAUAAUUGCUGGUAAAACUAAACUAAGAUCUCUGACAGGCUGCAUUUCAACACUGCGUAUAACAGACAAAACUGUUCCUAUGUAUAUGCUACAGGAAAGCAAGAACGUGGUGUAUGGUUCAUGUACAGAUAGUGUGUGGCAUCACUGUGUCCGUUUUACGGAUAAUAGUGUACCAGUAACGUUAGGAGACAACCUGGAAUCAAGUCGGGUAUUCAUCACUGUUAGUACCGCAGCUAUUGGAACAGUAGUCAACUAUAAACGGAAAGACAAAUUCAACAUAAACAUAGAACUGGAUGAUUCUGGUGUGACCAUCACCGAGAGUAUUGUGGGCAAUGAAGAAAAACUGUUCACUACAUCGAAUAACGAAGAUAGAUGGAUGACCCUCCUAAUAGAAGAUUUAACGGACAAAGUGAAAGUUACUCUGAAUGGGACGUCAGUGACACUUCAACAUAAACAGAAAGGAUGGUUUGCUACGGGAGAUGACAGUUCCUCGGUAUAUCAGAUCACUAUCGGAGGAGAGGAGGGCGAUGACCUGGCCACGUUUGAUGGGGGAAUAGCACGUGUUAUUGUCAAUGACGUGUUGAAAGACCUUGCUUCAUCUGCAGAUGUUCACAACCUCCUUGGAUGUGAAAAACUCAUUCCUGAGUUACCGGAAAUGGAGAAAGACAUGAAACCUGUAUGUUGAUAUUGUCCUACCAUGUAAAAUACAGUGUGUACAGCUAAUACCAUCUCCAAGGGGAGGA